GCGAGAUGUGAUUAGCUGGAGAUCGCCUACUAUCUCCGCCUACCAGAUCGACGAUUUGGGCUCCGCCACGUUACGCUUUCGUGAAACGCAGAAGAAGAAAAAAAGCACAUGAGCGCCACAAGAGAAAAAGAAAAUGGACGGGUGAAGGAGAGCGGGUUCGGCAGCGCGGCGAGCCAGGGCGGACGGGGGGGCACCCCAAAAGCCGCACGCGCCGGGUUCCUUGGAGGAGGCGGUCCCGCGCGUCGAGGAUUUGGAACGAUCUUCGCAGACGGCUCGGGCUUCUCGUUCUGAUUGAUCAGUCGAUGAGAUUGGGUACGUGGGCUUGGUGGAUCUGAAGUACGGGAAUCUGAUGAGCCCAUGUGAUGCGUCUGUAUCCGUGGCGCGACGCGCGAUGAUCUCGAAGGGGGUUGGCGUAUAUUCAAUGGAAAGAUGGGUUCGUCUCACCCGGUGCGUUCGUGAACGCUCGCGCGCCAUGCGGUCCAACGCGGGUCGAGCGUUUCUCGAGCGUAAACAGGCGUGCAGCCGUACUCAGUCUGGGAGCGGCGGGGGCACGUCCGAGGCCGCGGUGUGUCAGCCAUAGAACGGGGUUUCGGCCUCUGCGUUCCCGAAAUAUGGCCAUUGCAGAGUCGCGGAUGGGAUGAGCCGAGGCCCCCUCCUGUGAUGACGCUGCGACGACGGAGGGGCUGGGGACGAGAACUGCUCCGGUCCCGCGCAUCGUUUUCCGGUCUUUGUACAAAUUACUUUUUCUCGUCCGCGUGUUUUGGCGUAGCGGCGUUGUCCGGGAUGCGGUCAUCCGGGCCCCCCUUGAAAAGUUUCGAAGGAUCGCGCGCCAAUGUCCGUCGAAGGCCGUCGGACGCUUUGACGCGAAUGCGGUAGAUGCCGACGGCAUAAACGAUGAGACGCCGAUCAGGUCCGCCCUGCGUCGGGGGGCGUCUCUGGUCGCCCCUCGAUGCUCCGGGCGCCUCGUCGUCCAAGGCGAGAGGGGUGUGUCGGCGUUGCGGGGGGCGCACGAGCAUCAGAUAAGAUGGCCAAGGAUGGUGCACGGUUUCUGGAAGGUCUCGGCCGAAGGCGAGAGGAGGGAUGAGCCGUCGGCGAAAGGGGCGCGGCGUCGGGGGUGUGUCACUCAGGCCUGGUUGCGCCGCCGUCCGUGCGCGCAGAAUGGGGAGAUGGAUGCGAUCGGUGGAUCUUGGGCUCGGCGGACGGGACGGGCAGCGCGUUGGGGGGCGACGCGCGAGGGCGUGACUUUGGGCAUUUGUCAUGGCCCGGACUGCAGCCACUGCAGCCGUUCUCUCCUCUCCAUCGUCUAUCACCAGAGCAGCCACAGUUUUCGUCUGCUUUAAACGAGGACGCGGCGGGCGUCGACGCCGCCGGCCAUGACCCACCCCGAGUACUCCUAUCCGCCCUACUACCCCCCGCCCCCCGACCCCCGCAGGCAGCAGACGCCGCAGAUGUACGCCGUCCGCCAGCCUGUCAAGAUCGAAGCCCCCGGCUCGCCUGACCUCCCCGCCGCCUUUCGCUACCCGGUCCAGCCCCAGCCGGGCUACCCCCGCAUGAACACGAACCAGCUCAUCGAGCAGUACGCCCAGCCGCACCCCGCCUACUCUCACACCCAGCCACCCUCCGCGUCUUUCUCCUUUCUGCCCGGCGCGCAGACCCACUGGCCGGUCUCUGCCCCGGGUCCGAGCAACGCCCAGCAGCACCCGCACCCGCACCAGCAGCAUGUGCCCAUCCCGUCGACGACGCCGGUCGCCGCCGGUGCGUACGGCUCCGCGGGCUCGAUGGUACUCCCGCACAUCACCACGCUGGAGGACGCCCACCGGGUGCCGUCGGACGAGUACGACGAGCCGGACGACGAGCGGUACUCGCCCCUGGGCACCGGCCCGUCCACGCCCUCUGGCGCCCACAAGAAGAACGAAAAGGAGGUCAGGAGACGGAGCUCGAAAGCGUGCGACCAGUGCCGCAAGUCGAAAUGCAAGUGCGAGCGCUCGUCGGCGAACGAGCCGUGCAAGAACUGCGUGAUGCUGAACACGCCGUGCACGUUCCUCGGGCCCUCUCGCAAGCGCGGGCCGCCGAAGGGCUACAUCGACGCGAUCGAGGCCCGGCUGCACCAGACCGAGGCGCUGAUCGGCAUCCUACUCGACUCUGGCGACGCCCGCGCCCGCACCCUCUUCGAAGAUCUCUCGGAGGACCAGCUCGCGCGCGACAUCAUCGACCGCGUCGACAACUCGCCGUACGGCUGCAAGGGCCGCCGCCGCGACGGCACCGCGGGCGGCCGUAAACCGACUCCGCGCCCGCCGCCCGCCCCGUCCUCGCUGUCGUCCACCCAUCCCUCGAACGAAUGGCAGGACAGCGUCGUCGCCAAGCUACACGCCGCCGCAGCGGUUCGCGGCACGGCGGACGGCGCCUCCGACCGGUCCGCCUCCCCCGCCACGAGGCUCCACCAGCGCAGGCGGCUCAAUGCCGACCACCGCUCGCCGUCCCCGGCGCUGACAGCCGCCUCCUCGCGCGCGCCCUCCGGCCAAGGCAACGCACCGCCCCUCGCGCGCCUGCAGCCGCCCCCGGCCUCCGCCACGUCCUCCCCCGACGGACGCUCUCCCGAGUCCCUCUAUCCGCCACAGCACCAGCAGCACCAGCAGUCGUUCCGCGCAGACUCCGAACACGCGCACAGCCCAUUGGACGACCUCUCUGGCGAUGACGACGACCUCACGGACGCCGUCGGCCAGCUCUCCCUCAACGAGGACGCCCAAGUGCGCUGGCAUGGCAAGGCGAGCGGCCUCCAUCUUCUCGCCGCCCAGCGACGCCCAGACGGGCCGCGGCAAGAGGGCGGCAUCUGGCAUUUCCCAAAAGCGCGCAUAUGGCCCCCACUGCCCAAAGGCAUGCUGAGCGCCCGCGUCGAAGACGACCUCGUAGCGAGGCUUCCCAGUCCGCAAGUGCAGGAGCACCUUCUCGGUCUCUACUUCACCUAUGUGCACCCGUCGCUGCCGAUUGUGCACAAGGACGCGUUCCUCGAAGAUUUCAAAGCGGGGCUGGUCGGUAGUGCGCCCGACUCGCCCUACUCCGGUUCUGGCUCAUGCAACGUGAGCAACUCUUCCCGACACGCCUCGCCCUUCGACGACCCGCGCCCGCGGCGGAUUCCGACCAUCCUGCUCUUUUCCAUGCUCGCCGUCGCCGCGCGCUACUCUUCUACGUCCUCCGCAGAGGCGCCGCUGCCCCCUCCGCCUGGUUCGAUGUGGCCCGCCGGGGACACGUAUGGCGAAGCGGCCAAGACGAUCCUCGACCGCACGUACGCCAGCUCGCGCCCGUGCACGGUCCAAGCGCUGCUCCUGCUCGGCUACCGCGAGAUCGGGAUCGGCGCCAUGGCCCAGGCGUGGUUGUACAUCGGCAUGGCGGUGCGCAUGGCCCAGGAUCUCGGGAUGCACAAGACCGCGGAGCGGUGGCAGUUCAAGGUCGGCAGGAGGAUGUUCGGUGAGCAGGAGAUGCAGACCAGGAAGCGGAUCUGGUGGGCGUGCGUGAUCAUGGACCGAUAUGUUUCUGCGUAUAUCGGUCGACCGCUGGCGAUCUUUGACCAUGACUUUGACCAGACAUUCCCCAGCGAUGCCGAGACCGAAGAGACGGAAGACUGGCAGCCGGUGAAUUCGGAGCCCCUUGUCCCGAGCGACAAGACAUUCGAGCCUUACCCGCCGGUUCCCGCGCGGUUGAUUUCGUGCUUCAAUGCGUCCGCCAAGCUCUCCCUAAUCACCGGUAAACUCAUGCGGGACAUUUAUGCGAUCAAGCCAUCGCAAGGCCGGUACUCCGCUGCCCUCCGUCUUGAGGAGGACCUCGACAAGUGGUACCUGGACUUGCCCCAGAGCAUCCGUUACGACGUUGCCGCUCCUCCUUCCAAUGUGCCGCCUCCGCAUGUCCUCACGCUUCAUAUGCAGUAUUGGACUACCGUCCUUCUCCUGCACCGUCCUUUCAUUCGUCACCUACCCCGGUGCAUCCAAAAUGGCGAGGACACCGAAAUUUGUUCCACCGCCAAAAAAGAAUUUGAUGCCUGUGUACGCGCCGCUAAUCAUAUCACGUCUAUUGUAUCCAUAUAUCUCGACCGUUUCUGCAUCCAUCGGUGUCCUGUCUUUCUAUCUUAUUAUGUCUUUACCGCCGGUAUCAUGCACGUAACCACACUGACCACUUAUCCCGACGACCCGCAAUCUCGCAUAGGAUUGCAAAAAAUCAUGCAUGUGUUGAAACAUAUCGACAUCGUCUGGCCCAGCGCCGGUCGCGCCUGGGAGCUGCUCCGAGGCUCUAAAGUGCACAGGGACGAUGUACCGCUCCAAAAUGCGCCUCGCCUCGCUGAGCCCCGGACGAAGAGGCUUGCAUCUGACCGCGCAGAGGAUGAUCCUGCUUCGGCGUCGCCUUCCGAGUCUGGACGUCCGGACGGAGCCGGAUACCCAUCUCAGUCUCCUAUCCCAGGCGACUCGCCCAGCAGCGCUCAGUUCCCGUACUUUGCCAGCCAACAGCAGUACGAACGGUGGCCGGCGGAUCCGCAAAUGAGCGGGUACGCAGGCGGGCUCUCGACGUCCGCCCUCCCGCAGCAGUACAGUACCGGUCUUGUUGACCAUCGUGCGCCCGCGAGGCAGGGUGGAUCGAGCACGCCGGCGGGCGGUGUGAGCGGCAACGGCAGCGGUCGAUACCCACAGUACUGGAACGACUACUCGACCCUCGGCCAGCUCGGUUUGACGUACGGUAUGCAGGAGCAGCAAAUGGGUCCCGGCGGGGAUGCGCCUGGUGCUCAGGGGCAGCCCGCGUCGUCCUACCAGCCGCCCCAGACCCAAUAUGACAUGUUCGGCCAUGUUUCCACUUCGAGUCAGUGAGGCGAGAAUGGGUUCUUCCAUCGGACUUUUUCUGCACUGUACAACACGCAACAGGCUGUGAGCUCAUUGGACAAUCGAGUCAAAAUGUAUCCAGUAAUCGUAGUAAACUAAGCAAUCUACGUAGACCUUUCCUCUUUUUCUGCGGUGUAUCGGGACCACCGUCAUAGUGUUUCAUGUCGUGGAUCAAAGGACGAAAAGAUGCAUACAGGAAGAUGUGGAACAGCGGCCUCUGCUCUACCACGACACGCGGACAUGGGGUAACGUAGACAACAUCGACGCAACACCUGCACAGGAUAACAUCCGCGUCCGCUGGAAAUAGUCGGAGAAUUAGGCAGGGGCGCGUUUAAUUACAUCGCGUAAUCGUCUGACAGCUCGCCUCCUACCAGAAUCGCUAGACCACUCGGGGACCUCAGCUUGAAUCGUUGGGCAUGGACGCCGACAGGACCUUCCUGAGGCAGCCCCGUGGUGUACGCAAGUGAUGGGCGAUGCCACGGUUGCUUGGAGGAAUAAUUGUCGGGAGAUGAGUACUCCUCUUAGCCUAGUGCGCCUAGUCAAGGGGGACCAUACAGCUUAGGGUUCAGCGAUAGUGCAGCCAUGGGCUCGUAAGCAGGACCCACGCCAUAUCCGCCGGGCCCGAUAUCACGCGGGCCGGGCGCCGGGUUGAUGCUCGCAGGAGGCCCAAAGGACAUGGAUACGAUGGCUGGGUCUGAGAAUGCAGCCCGCGAGGGGUUGCGAGCGUGAUGGAAUCCGGCGCCGGGCAGCAUGUCUGGGUGAGGAUCGACGUACGGUGCGUGACUGGAUAUUGAUAUCUGUGCCGGCAAAGGCCGAUGGCCGGAAGGAGUUGAGGAGUACAUUUCAUGACCAUCGAAUGCGUUGUGUGGCGAGGGGAGCCAAUUCUGUGGAUCCUGGAAUGGAGCUCGCUGUCUGGCGCCAAGUCCACCGUACGUAGCCGGAAGAGGCUGCUGACGGAGAAAUGAAUCUGGCCGAUUAAGCGUAUUUUGGCCAAUAUUGUGACCAGAUUGACCGUCGCUGGCAAAAGAUCGCAAGCCCUGGGACGGUAACAACGGCAUGCUGGGCUCAAGGGGCGUUGACCAGAUUGAUUGUGUCGGGACGAGAGGUGAACCGUUGCCAAAGGGAAGGGGCCGAGCACCAGAGUCUUGUAGCACCGGCGAGCGAGGAGUCGAUGAUACCGCAGGACUACGGUCGUAGCCCAUCACACUAUUCACGAGUUCCUCGGCAGUCAGUGGUGAUUGGACAGGUUUAGUCGCAACCCUAGGUGUACCAAUGGGUGGCUGACGUGAAGGUGAAGAAUCAGACAAAGGAAGGCCAGGGCUGAUGGAAGUUUGUGGUGGUGCAAUGGUUCUCGCACGGAUGGUGGACAGAGCUUCGAUAGGAACACUUGGCGGCGAUGCAGGGGCUCGGGGAUUCCACACAAUCUCGUCUUCCUCAGUGUCGUCAUCAGACCCACCAAGGGCCUGUCGAAAGGCGUCCCGGACGAGAUCAUCGUCGGCGCGGUUGGUGUCGGUUCCAGUGUCAUCUUCGGCAAUGAGAUCACUUGUUUUUCCAAUAAUCGUAAAUGCAGAACUUGGCGCCGAUUCUUGCGCUCGAGCGGAACUCGCUGCGAGCGCGGUGGUAGACGAUGACGCCGGGCCUGCGAGGAAAUGCCCAUCAACGAUGGACACAGGCGUUUUCCCAGACCCAGCGACACUGCGUACGUCACCGAGGAGAUCCCAGAUCCUCAUGAGCUGUUCAAUAUUUGGAUGAGCGUGACCCGCCAUGUUGUCGGCUACUGCGAUAGUAGAUUGUGUUCGGGAUACGACUGAUUCUCCGAACAUUAAAUUUCUGAGAGGUAGGAAUCCACGCAUGUCAAUAUCUUCUUCCAGAGGCGCAUCAAGAGGAGGAAGCUGCUGUGGGGGGAAAGUACGUGCUAAUGCAUCUGCAAAUGCUGCAUACGCUUCCCAAAAUUGUUGUCGAGUUUUGGCAGGUGCAGUAUCCGUCGAGACCCUGCUCUGGCUUCGAUUAUGCCUUCGGGCGUCGCCGCGUUUCCCUACGGAGGAUGGUAUUGCAACGUCAUCACCAGCGAGAUCUCGUAUAUUCGCUCGCACCCAUUUGCUGGAGAUGCGGAGGGCAGGUAGUGUGCGCCUGAAGGUUGCAGUAAUCCUCUGGGCCAGAUCCUCCUCCGCGCGCGGGACAGCGUCCACGGAACCACCUUCCUUCAGUUCCUGGACACCGAUAUCCAACAGCGAUCUGAACAGAUCGAGGAUGUGCUGCCGAAUGAGGGAUUCCAUAAACGAGCGCUGCGCGGGUUUACCUCUGCAAUUCGGCUGGCGGACCAUUUGUUCUCGCCAAAGGGCACCUACGGCUAUUACGAUGACCUUCGAGAUGACAUCGAUCGGCAUAUUGCGCUGGGAGACCAGGGUCCGGAAUGCAGUCUCGACUCGAAUCUGCUGUGCCUGCGUCGCACGAAUUGACGGUGAGCCAUUUUCUACGUCCGAUUUCGCAUCCUGAUUCCACAAAGCGUGUAGAACAACAAGAUCCUCCUUGAAUCGAGAGAGAUUUGGGGGGUCUGUGGGCCGCUGGCCACUGCGAGUUGCCUCCCAUUGCUUCAAGGCCUUCUUCAGCACUGUACUCAAAUUUUCAGACGCUGUGUCGUACGGCUGCCGAACGCACAUCGCGCGGUAGUAAUGAACCAGUGCGCCAAACGCAUCCUUCUGAUAAGCAGCGAGGAUGGCAAGCUGAUGCGCGGCGUUGCCUUCCGACGGAGAUAUCAAGCGAGCAUGUUCAUAACGUUGUUGCGCUAUCUCGUAGUUGCGGUUUCGAGAUACGUCCGGAGGCCUGUUCCGAUUGUUGCGCUUCGACUGCGCAGCAGGAGGUCCAUAUUCCUGGAUGGCCUUAGGUCGCCCGCCGCCUUCGUUAAACUGUUCCUUGUAGCGUGCAAGGUCGCCGAGGCAGACGAGCGUUUUGCUGCAAAUGGAGAGUAGGGCCGCGCGCUGUGUCGCAUUUGCGGGAAGGACGGAUGCUGAAGCUUCCUGAGGAGGGAAUUCAAACCGGUUCCGCCCGCCCGAACGUCUGGUUCCUUGGGCGUCAUCCGGAACCUCUUCUUCUUCGCCUUCGAUGGCGAAACCGAGGGCUAAUAGUGCAGGCUGAAGCUCUUCCAACUCGAAGCACCGGCGAUAUCUUGUCAGAAGUUGAGUCCAAAAUUUCUCUUCGUCGGCAAGGAACUGGCGGAAACGCCGAAGGAGUUUGCGGUACUCUACAGGGCCGUGACCGUUCGUGUUGCUUUUGUUCUGACGCGGAGUACCCUGGAGCGCAGUAUCGAGUUCGGUGAUCCGUUGUUUGUAACUGGAGAUGAAGGCGUAAGACGUUUGCAUCC